AUGCCGAAGCAGCUCGACUGGCAGGACACAAACCUGGCCAACUUUGGCUCAGAGAUCGAGAGGAAGUGCAAGGCGGCCGCAGCCGACGGUGAGCCGCAAUGGAUCGACGUUGGGAAAAGCGCGGGAAUACAAGUCUGGCGCAUGGAGCAGUUCAAGGUUGUGCCGUGGCCCAAGUACAAGUACGGUCGCUUUCACCGCGGUGACUCGUAUAUUGUGCUGCGCACAUACCUCAAGGACCCAGCCUCGAUGAAGCUUGACCAUGACGUGCACUUUUGGAUCGGCAGCGAAUCGACCCAAGACGAAUACG